UCGCGAUAGUGUUUUCAAAAUGGCAGCCAAGGGAAGUAUGUGUAUGAGUAACCGAUUAUCAUAAACGUAAGAAUCUGAAAAUAGAAAGAUGGCCGAAGCUCCACAAGAAGGCUCUAAACUACCAGAUCUCUUUGAGGAAAUCUGGAAAAUCUUCAUCUUUGUUGACACUUGUGACGAACCGCUUGCAGACGACAAAGUCCAGGAUAAAAUAUAUUUUGGUGUGCAGAAAUGUGAGAAAGCUGUGCAUAUGACAAAUGAACUGUCCCUCUUCAGCGACAAUGAAAGCCUUGAUGAAGUAGCAUCUUCUGAACUGAAAUACAUGCUGUUGCCAGCCCUAUUGGGUUUCUUCACAUAUCAGACAACUAGAGCAGAAAGACUUCCACUCGUCAAGAAGGCUCGGCUGUUCUUCACUGACUACUUAAAACUUUGUAAGAACUAUGAAGUGACUGACAUUGAUGUGGGGUCUGUCGAUGAAGAUGGGGAAGAUGCUGCCACAGCAAUGGGUCUUGCAGCACCAAGAGGCAUGGACCUGAGGGUGAUGGCGAGCACACGGCAGUCAAAGAUCGAGCAGUUCCGGAAGAAGAAGGAGAUGGAGAAGAGAAUGAAAGAGCUGCAUGAGUUAAUGGAGAAGGAGUCUGUAGAAGAAGAAGUCAAGAGAGAAUACUACACUACUAUGUUGAAGCAGUGGGUGUCUCGCAGUGUGGAAGAGAUAGACAGUAUUAACACGGAAAUUCCUAUAUUAGAACACAUGGCAAGGAUGAAGGCAGAACAGAAGAAACAUCCAAAUGAACACAAGAAUGAACAUCCUCAGAAGAAACAAGUUAAACCUGUCCGUCCAUUCAUAUUGACCAAAGACAUGGUGCAGAAACAGGUGUUUGGUGCCGGCUAUGCAGCAGUGCCUACAUACACCAUUGAAGAGUUCUACGAGCAGAAGCUCGCUGAUGGCACAUUCCAUCCUCCAACAUCUGGGAUGGGGAACAUGAGUCUUCAGGACCGGGCAGCUGAUCCUGAUGCUGCUUCUGUAGAGGAAGAGAAGUACAUGGCAGAAGAAGAACGGAAGGUGGAGACAGAUGACCCUGAAGAGCUACAGAGGAAGAGAGAGCACGAUGACUGGAAAGAUGAUCAUAGACGUGGAUGGGGAAAUAGGAAAAAUAUGUUGUGAGGUUGUGAAAAAUCUGUUCACGUUGACAACGAAUGUUCACUCAGGCAAUCAUGUGAACGUUUUGGUAUCUGUCUGACAGUACUGGACAAGGAAAAGAGGAGUUGAGAGAAUGACUGUGUUGGAGCUUCUGAGUUGUCUCCCCUAGUAGAUUGCUUACAGGACAAGUGACAACUUGCUACAUUGGAACCGAUUCUGAAAAGUGAAAGAGUGAAUAUAGCAGUGGACUUGUAGAAAUGUCACUGAUAAAAUUCACAGGACAAUUCCGAAAUGUGUGUACUGGAUUACAUGAGGUGCUGGUGAUAUAUUCUGCAGAAGUUAUGCUCAAGAAAAUCAAAAAUUGAUUAUAGAUUCAUGAACUGUCCAUGUUCAUCUGGCCUGCUCAAUAAACAGUUUUGAGUAA